CGCUGGCGCCAAUCGGGGGCUGCCGUUUCCUUCGACCAAUCAGCAGGCGAGCCGAACUACCCCGUGUCUUCCGUGCCCCGCCCCUUGGCUGCCGGAUGUCUGAUGUGGCUCGCGGCGGCGCGUAACCAUGUCUGCGAUCUUCAACUUUCAAAGUCUACUGACCGUAAUCUUGCUACUUAUAUGUACCUGUGCCUACAUAAGAUCCUUGGCUCCCAAAUUAUUGGAUAACAACCAGACUGGAUUAUUGGGCAUAUUCUGGAAGUGUGCCAGAAUUGGUGAACGAAAGAGUCCUUAUGUUGCUGUGUGCUGUAUUGCGAUGGCCUUCAGUAUUCUGUUUGUCCAAUAAGCUGGAACACAUCAGGAAUAUAUUGCUGUGAAACUGCCAUGUAAUAAAAGACUUCGGAAAACAGAAAAGAAGAAAAUACUUUCUGCACAUCCAUUGCUCUGUCUAAUAGUCAAGCCAAGCUUUUGACAAUUUGUUUCAAUAUUUUUAGUGAGAGGGUGGUGAUUUGUUAAGUUAUGAAAACGCAGUUAUUAAUUGACACUGUUAAAUUAUUGGAUUGUGCCUAAUGUGAAGUGUAUUCUGAAUUUCUUUUGAGAAACGUUAAGAUGUACAACUAAAGUCAUAAUAUUUCUCUGAGAACUGAAUUUGAUGUUUGAACCCAUACUCUUUUUAAAAAAACCUAUUAUUUCAAAGGCUUAACCAUUUUUUAUUUUUUGAAAAGCAAACAGAUGGAGACAAACAGGAAAAAAAUGUCAUCACUCUGAUCAGAUUUCUUUUUAUGGUUAAAAUAUAUAGUGAUGGUCUGAGAAACAGGAAAAGUCAGAAAGUAUGCAGGCAGAGUCAGAACUCAGAGGAUUUCAGCUGAGACUUAUUAGAUACUUUCUAAUGAAUAAAGCUGUAUUUUACUGAUGGAGAAUCUCUUAAGUUUAUAAGUCCAUGAAAGAAAACAAAAAUUAUUCUGCAUUAUGAUUUCAUCAAGUAAACACUUAUUGUGUUAAAAGUCAAUAUUUCUCAAAGUGUUUGGUUUAAUUUGAACCUGAAUUUUAAUAAACAAUUUACAUAGCA